GGACGCAGCCCAGCCCACGGCCCCCCACUCUCCCGUGAGUCCUGCACCCCUGCCCGUGACGGCGGCGCAUCUCGUCCUCGCGAGUCGCGACGGCCACCGCGCAGAGCCGCAAACCCUUUCUUUCUUGCUCGCCGUCCUCGAGAGGUUUCAGAAGGAGGCGCCGCCGCUGACCGUGACGAGAGCGAGGUAUCCGCGGUUGUUAGGGUUUGGCUCGAGAUGGGGAAGGCGAAGAACAAGGGCCCCAAGUUCGCGGUGAUGAAAAAGAUGAUCACCAAGAAGAGUGUCAACAAGUACAAGAAGGAUGUGCUGAACCCCAACAAGAAGGACGCCGAGAAGGAGAAGCUCGGCCGCAAUGUACCGCAGGUCUCGUCGGCUCUGUUCUUCAGCUACAACACCGCACUCGGGCCGCCUUAUCGGGUGAUUGUGGACACCAACUUCAUCAACUUCUCCAUCCAGAACAAGCUGGAUUUGGAGAAAGGAAUGAUGGACUGCCUUUAUGCAAAAUGCACCCCAUGUAUCACGGACUGUGUUAUGGCUGAGCUUGAAAAACUGGGACAGAAGUAUCGUGUGGCCUUGAGAAUUGCCAAGGACCCUAGGUUCCAAAGAUUAGCCUGCACACACAAGGGAACUUAUGCAGAUGACUGCAUCGUGGACAGGGUUACUCAGCACAAAUGCUACAUUGUUGCCACAUGUGAUAGAGAUUUGAAAAGGAGGAUAAGGAAGGUUCCUGGUGUUCCAAUCAUGUAUAUUACUCGACACCAGUACUCGAUAGAACGACUCCCCGAAGCCACAGUUGGUGGAGCACCAAGAAUCUAAUGAGCACAUACAUGAGAAGAUUGUGAAUUUCACUGAUGAACUAGUGCUUGUUUAUGUUGUCAUAGUUUUUGCCUGAAGCUGCUGCUUGGACCAAUGACAGAAUCAUGGACAAGAAUGCCGCUGUGCUUGUUGAGCUAGCUGUAGCAACUUAUAAAUUUUGUCCCAGUACAUGACGUUACUCUUAUUAUCGAAAUGUAAUAGUUUCUGUUUAUGGUCUUGCCUGAACUUUAGAGUAAUGUACUACUGGUUCAGUUUCCGCUGUUGGCUUGGCUGCCCAGUUAUAUCUGUUGGUGCUGUAGCAUUCUUCUGACA